ACCGCCGCGAGGACCAAUGGGCAUCCAGCUCUCUCCCGGCCGCCUUGUGUUUACGGUCGAAGCCAGGCGAAGGUCCACAUGGUCCAACUGCGCAUGGAAAUUCUUUAAUUCGGCCGUAUUUUUGAGUUUAAAAACAUGAAGUUGUAUGUGCUCUUUGAGCACGCAUCAGGGUAUUCCCUGUAUGUUGUGAGAGAGUUUGAGGAAAUAGGAACCUUUCUUCCCCAAGUGGAGGAGGCAAUCAGUGAUCCUGGCAAGUUCAUGCAGAUCGUGAAACUGGUUGGCUUUAAAGCUUUUGCUUCAGCUGCGUCUGCCCUCGAGAAUAUAAACAGCAUCACAGAAGGAAUACUGACUGAUGCCCUUAGUGCCUUCCUGGAGACCAACUUGCCAAAAGCAAAGACAUUCCAACUUGGUGUUAUUGAUCCCAAGUUGGGAGCUGCCAUCAAUGAAGCUCUCGGCUUUAGUGUGACACACAUUGGUGUCGUCCCCGAGGUUAUUCGAGGCAUUAGGACACAUCUCACCCAUUUUGUAAAGGGCCUCUCCAUAGCCUCUGUUAAGCAGACAGAGCUUGGUCUUGGUCACUCAUACUCGAGAGGAAAGGUCAAGUUCAAUGUAAAUCGUGCUGAUAACAUGAUCAUCCAGAGUAUUGCCUUAGUGGAUCAGUUAGAUAAGGAUAUUAAUACAUUUGCCAUGAGAAUCAAGGAAUGGUAUUCUUAUCACUUCCCAGAGCUUGCAAAGAUUGUGACUGACAACUACCAGUAUGGUCAGUGUGCCAACUUCAUCAAAGAGCGAACUUCUCUGAAAGAAGAUUCCUUGGAAAAGCUGGAAGAAAUUGUCAUGGAUUCUGCAAAAGCACAGGCUAUUCUUGAUGCUGCUAGGAUGUCAAUGGGUAUGGACAUUUCACCAAUUGACUUGAUAAACAUCGAGCGCUUUGCAAAACGAGUUGUAGCCCUCUCAGAAUACCGCAAGCAGCUGGCAGAAUACCUCAGAUCGAAGAUGGACAGUGUAGCCCCCAACUUGGCCACCCUCAUUGGUGAAGUUGUAGGAGCUCGACUCAUCUCCCAUGCUGGCUCACUUACCAACCUUGCAAAAUACCCUGCAUCCACAGUUCAGAUCCUAGGGGCUGAGAAGGCUUUGUUCCGUGCCAUUAAAACUAGAUCGAAUACCCCCAAGUAUGGUCUUAUCUACCACUCCACUUUCAUUGGCCGAGCUGGGAUGGCCAACAAGGGCAGAAUCUCGCGUUAUCUGGCCAACAAGUGUUCUAUUGCUUCCCGCAUUGAUUGUUUCACAGAAAACCUUACAAAAGUGUUUGGUGAGAAACUAAGAAAUCAAGUUGAGGACCGACUGAAGUUCUAUGAAACGGGGAACAUUCCAAGAAAGAAUGUGGAAGUCAUGAGUGAAGCGUUAGAAGAACAUAACCAGCUAGUUAGCUCGUUGGCCCAGAAGGGCAAGAAGAGGAAAUUGGAAGAAGUUAAUGGGGAUGUUGCUGAGAAUGUAGUAAAUGGAGAAACCCCAGUUACAGAAAAGAAGAAGAAGAAGAAGAACAAGGUAGUUGUAGAAGAAGAAGUAGCAGCACCAGAGGAGCCUAUGCACAUUGCUGAGAAUGGCCUUUCUGAAAAGAAAAAGAAAAAGAAGAAGAAGAAGAACCAAGGAGCCGUAGCGGAAGCAGAGCAGGAGGCCGCAGCAGAGCAGGAGGAGGAGGUGCCAGCUGCCGAGGUAACGACAAAGAAGAAGAAGAAGAAGAAGGCACCGAAGGAAGCGGUUGAUGAAUAGGCAAAUUAGCUAGUUUAUUUGAUAAUUACUGUUUUAUUUUAUUUUUUUCUGCUCCUAGUACCUGUUGUAUAGAAAUCAGGUAUUAUUU